UACUUUACAGUGUACAGCAUGGGACGCUGCGGCCACACCGUCUUUCCUGUGAUUGUGCUUGCACUCUGCUUAGGAUUGACAGUCGGCUCAUUUCUUUACUGUAAUCCAGAGAAUGCAGCUAAAGGAAAGCAUGCUGUGAAGAAGAUGCGCGUUUCAGGUGCCACGGCCACAUUGAUGAAGAAUUAUAGACGUUGCUUGCACUCCAAUUCCACAAGAGAGCUGAUCACGAAAUAUGGUUUCUACUACAACAUGACAACCUGCAACCUUGACCUCAGUCGCGACGAUAUCUGCAAUAACCCGGAUCGAGUUGCGGAGUAUUACAACUGCUUUUUCAAGCAGCAGGCCUUAAUAAUGCACAACGUUAAUGCCACAGCUGAAGAACACGUCAAGCUGAAAACUUUAUGGAAAUGCAUGAAGGACGCCUUUAAAGGUUUUCAAGAGAUUGUCACGAGGAAGCGUUAACGAGUUAUCGCCGAUAGAGGUCAAGUUCCUUUUUCACCUACAAUAUGAUGGAGUGUCCAGGAUGAUCACGACGACUCCAGGCCAUGAAAAUACUGUUUUUCGACCAUGUUGGACAUCAUGGAUACAAGUGGCAAAAAAAUAGUUUCUACUAUUGCGCAUAUACUAGGUGAAAAUUGUACAACUGUAAUAAAAAUAAAGCCGUCACAGCG